GGCGGGGCAGACCCGGGGCGGGGCGGGGCUCCGCAGCUGGAUGGCCGGGGCCGCUCGUAGCGCCGCCGCUGCCGCCGCAAGCACGUGGCAUGCCUGGAUGUCCCUGCCCUGGCUGUGGCAUGGCAGGACAAAGGCUCCUCUUGCUCACUGCUCUUGCCCUGGAGCUCCUGGGAGGGGCUGGGGGAUCCCAACAGGCCCUCCGGAGCCGGGGGGUGGCAGCGGCCUGUCGCCUGGACAGUAAGGAAAGUGAGUCCUGGGGGGCCCUGCUGAGCGGAGAGAGGCUGGACACCUGGAUCUGCUCCCUCCUGGGCUCACUCUUGGUGGGGCUCAGCGGGGUCUUUCCGUUGCUCGUCAUUCCCUUGGAGAUGGGGACCACGCUGCGCUCGGAAGCUGGGGCCUGGCGCCUGAAGCAGCUGCUCAGCUUUGCCUUGGGAGGACUCCUGGGCAAUGUGUUUCUCCACCUGCUUCCUGAGGCGUGGGCCUACACGUACAGCGCCGGCCCUGGUGGUGAGGGGCAGAGCCUACAGCAGCAGCAGCAACUGGGACUUUGGGUCAUUGCUGGCUUCCUGACCUUCCUGGCGUUGGAGAAGAUGUUCUUGGACGGCAAGGAGAAGGAGGCGACUAGCCAGGCCCCCAGCAAAGACCCCGCAGCUGCUGCCGCGCUCAAUGGAGGCCACUCUCUGGCCCAGCCGGCUGCAGAGCCCGGCCUGAGCGCCGUGGUCCGGAACAUCAAAGUCAGUGGCUAUCUCAACCUGCUGGCCAACACCAUAGACAACUUCACUCACGGGCUGGCUGUGGCUGCCAGCUUCCUUGUGAGCAAGAAGAUCGGGUUCCUGACCACCAUGGCUAUCCUGCUGCAUGAGAUUCCCCAUGAGGUGGGCGACUUUGCCAUCCUGCUCCGGGCCGGCUUUGACCGAUGGAGCGCAGCCAAGCUGCAGCUCUCGACGGCAAUGGGGGGCCUGCUGGGCGCCUGCUUCGCCAUCUGUACACAGUCCCCCAAGGGAGUAGAGGAAACAGUGGCCUGGAUCCUGCCCUUCACCUCUGGUGGCUUUCUCUACAUCGCCCUGGUGAACGUGCUGCCUGACCUCUUGGAGGAAGACGAUCCGUGGCACUCCCUGCAGCAAGUGCUUCUGCUCUGCACGGGCAUCGUAGUGAUGGUGCUGUUUUCUCUCUUCGUUGAGUAACCGUCCCUGACACCCCACCCCCUGCAGCAAUAAGAGACUCGGAUUCAUUCUGUGACUGUGUGUGUGUGUGAGGCAGACAGCAAGCGAACAAGCCUCCUACCAGAGAAGAGGCUGGUGUGUGUGCGUGUGAGAGAGACCGACACUGUGACUCCUCGUGUGCUGGCCCUGGGGCCUGAAGCCCACGCCUGCCCCCAGCCACCCUGUGGUCUCUCCUUGCUACCCUGCCAUCUUGUGCCUCCUGGAGUUGGCAGUGAGGAGCAGGAGGAAUGGGGCCUCCCCACACCAGGACCCUAAGAGGAGUGAGGGCAGCCCACAGAGCCCCAUAGCUGUCUCACACCAGGGCUGGGGUGGGGGCUGGGGCCUCCUGGGUCCCUGACCUGAGGAAGUAAACCCCUCCAUGCGUGCACUUAGCCCCAGGCAGCCAGGGACGAGGGCUGGGGCACCUUCAUUUUGCUGUGUCCAGCGUCCUGGCCCUUCCUUCCCCAGCCCCAAGGCCAAAGACGGGAGGCAGGUGCUCGGGUAGCCCCCCACGCCCCACUCAGCACUGACAGUCCUACCCCUCUGGGCAUGGAGCUGGGAGCUGCUUUCUAAGGCCUAUUCCUCAUGGUUGCCUGCCUUGGGCCAGCUCCUGCUCCCCCAGCAAAUGUUCCCUGGCAGCGCCUGCAGCUCUUGUCACCUCCAGCUGCCAAACAGCAGCCAGCAGGGUGGCGAGCAGCCGCAGGCCAGAAAGGCCUCUUGGUCCGCUCAGAGAUGCUUGUGCCAGCACAGGGUCCAAGCAGACACUCUGGGGGCAGGAAGAGAGUGAGCCACAGCUGCCCCUCCCAGCUCGGGCCCCACGUUGUCAGCACUCAGGAAUGUGCUCUGGGAGAAUGCUGAAGCCAUAAUCCCCAGCUAUUUCUCUUGGCUGACGCCCAGGUACUCAGCUGGCCCACUCCACAGCCAGGCUGCAGCCCUGCUGCUCCACUGACUGUGGGCGUCCUGAGAAGUAGCCAUCAAGAGGGUCUGAAUGGUUUUACAGCAGUUUUGCUGUGGUUCCGUUUGUAUCUGUAAAUAUUUGUAUAGAUGAGAUGCGAAUAAAUAUACAGAAACUGGC